AUGCCUUUCCCAUUUGUAUUACCGACCACAUCUAGCAUAUCUUUCACCGACUAUCUUAGCAGCAGCACACACCCUUCGCUACCGAACUGCGCGACAACUGCACGCGGCGUCGUUCGCGAUGUGCUGAAACGACACAAGCGCAUACCACCUUCGUCGCAAGCUUCGAAUCUGUCUACCGUGACAUCCGCACUCAACGACUACAUUCCGUAUCUUUUCGCGCUAGACGCUGGGCUGAGCGGUACAAUUUGCGCAGGCGAGGAGAUCGACUUGGUACUGGUUAAAGAGCUAGAAGUAGAAUGGCGCUCAACUCUAGGGUCCUCGGUACCAGGACGAGAGCCGACAAGAGUCAAGUUGAAAAGCCUAGAAAGCGAACUGUGCUUCACCCUAUCGACACUCGCAUACGUCUAUAGCCUUCAGGCCCGGGCACAGCUACAUACUCUAUACAAUGCGACUAGUCCAACACCGGAACAACGUGCAACGGCGAUCAGUGCCGCAAUGAAGCAUUUUCUCGAGGCGAAUUCCAUACACACGUACUUGGUCAAUCGAGCAGGGCAAUGGAAUUCUCAGCCUGCGGCAGUGGACAUAUCAGCCUCUGUCUUGGGAGCGCUAGCUGAGCUUACCAUGGCCGAGGCUACCCUGAUCAUGGUGUUGAAGGAUGACCCAUAUCCAGCGGUUGUUAUUGAAGAUAGGAAUAAGAACAAUAAAGACUGGAUGUUUAGGGGGGUGGAUAUACCCAAAGUCCGCGCACAUUUAUUUGCCCGGCUAUGUCUGGCAUCGUCUGAGCAUGCUGCCAAAGCCCAAGCUAUGCUAGGUCGAUCAUCCAAGAUCAACGAUGAUUUGCUCAAAUACGUAGACGACUUGAGGCGAACCGCAAAAGGAAAAGCCUGUCGAUUUCUGGCGUGUGAUGCUGAAUCAGGGGGCAAAACUGGUGAAGGCAUUGCGUGGCUUCGAGGUGCGAGGAAAGAGCUGGGGUUCGUCUCUCUGGGUACUGAGGAAGAGAAGAAGUCUUCUGGGUUCUCGAAGCUAAAGAAGGAAUGGCAAGAAAAGAGAGAAGAUCGCAAGAUUGAAAGAGGGGUCGAUUGGGGAACUGAUGCUGGCAAGUUCGAGGAGGGUCGAGUGGUCGAUAUGCUGUUAAAGAAGUGGGAGAAGAUGAACGAUACGGUCGGUGUUCAGCUAGUACCGCCAUCGGAACCUUUGUUGGCCAGCAUGCCCUCUGGACGAGACCCUCAUAACCCCAAAAUGUUCGUGAUCCCAGCGCUUGGUGAAGAUUCGCUCGUACGGAUGAGGGCGCCUCUGGAUCCGAGUGAAGCUUUCAAGGGGGAGGAAGACGAUAGUGCCGACGAAGACGACCGAACUCCUGCAGGAGCGUUUCCGGGCACCAAGGCAGAUUAUGCUCCCAGUUCGAGUUACUACUGA